AUGGGGAGCGUGGUGUCUGUGGGGGGCGAGGGCGGCGCCGAGUUGCACGUGUCUGCGCACCUGUCAGUCGAAACGUGCGAGCUCUGCAUCCCGGGCCCCGUCGGAGAAGGAGGGAACCGAACCCAGGGGCUGUCACUCAAGCUCCGAUCACCUCCGCGCUGUCAGGGAGCCACUGAUCACGGCGUCUUUUCAUCUGCUAGCAUCAGCGCGGCGCGGCUAAUUGAGCAGGACGCGCGCUAA